CAGCAGCCAGCCAGUCGCCUCCAGGCUGGGCACUGGGCAGCAGCAGCAGCAGCAGCCGCCUCCUCUUCUCCUUCUCCUGCUCUCGGCUGAGUCUGUUGCGACGAGGAGCCUGAGCUGAGUGGCUGCAGCAGCAGGGCUGCCUCUUGCUCAGGGAGGCUCCAGAAGGGCUGGCUACCUGAGCUCCCUUGUUCCUUCCCCUUCUGGGUCUCCUGGCCUCAGGAAGGUAGCAGGAGUGUUUUGCUGUUUGACAGUUAACGUCAGUGUUCUCAGUAGACAUGGAAGAAUUGCAAGAUGUCCAGCUGACAGAGAUCAAGCCUCUUCUGAAUGAUAAGAAUUCAGCUCGGAAUUUUCAGGACUUUGACUGUCAGGAACAUGAUAUUGAGACAUCAUAUGGAGUUGUUCACGUCACUAUGCGAGGCACAUCAAAGGGAAAUAGGCCUGUCAUCCUCACAUACCAUGAUAUUGGCCUCAACCAUAAAUCCUGUUUCAAUGCUUUCUUUAACUUCGAAGACAUGCAGGAGAUCACCCAACAUUUUGCUGUGUGCCAUGUUGAUGCACCGGGACAACAAGAGGGAGCACCUCCUUUUCCUUCUGGGUACCAGUACCCCACCAUUGAUGAACUUGCUGAAAUGCUCCCUGCUGUUCUUACACACCUAAGCUUGAAAAGUGUAAUUGGUAUUGGAGUUGGAGCUGGUGCUUAUAUCCUUAGCAGGUUUGCUUUGAACCAUUCUGACUUGGUUGAAGGCUUGGUGCUUAUUAAUGUUGACCCUUGUGCAAAAGGCUGGAUUGACUGGGCAGCUUCUAAGUUUUCAGGAUGGACAACCAACAUUGUGGAACUUGUUCUGGCUCACCAUUUUGGUCAUGAAGAACUGCAAGCUAAUCUGGAGCUGAUUCAGACUUACAGACUUCAUAUUGCACAAGACAUCAAUCAGGAAAACCUUCAACUCUUUGUCACUGCCUAUAACAGCCGCAGAGAUCUGGACAUUGAGAGGCCAGUCCUGGGUGCAAAUGGAGAGGCAGGAAAAACACUCAAGUGCCCUGUCUUAUUAGUGGUUGGGGACAGCUCACCUGCUGUUGAAGCUGUGGUUGAAUGUAAUUCACGUCUGGAUCCAAUGAAUACAACACUGUUGAAGAUGGCAGAUUGUGGAGGACUUCCACAGGUUGUGCAGCCUGGGAAACUGACUGAAGCCUUCAAGUACUUUGUGCAAGGAAUGGGCUACAUCCCUUAUGUGCAGCUCAGUCAUCUGAGCACUGAGUCAGUGCCAUCUGCUAGUAUGACCAGGCUGAUCCGUUCCCGGACCCAAUCAUCUUCAAGUGUAGGUUCUGGAGAAAGCACCCAGACACGGUCUCAGAGCAGCAACCAUGGGGAGGCAAAACAUGGAAUGCCUGAAACAGCUGAAGCUCAUGGCACCCCUCAGACUAUGGAAGUUUCCUGCUAAGCAGCCUUGUGUAUCCAGACAAUCCCUUUCUUCCCUUCUGAACCCACCUAGAAUCCAGUCUUCACCCAAACAAGUGGCUUAGCAGGUCUUUUUCUUCCUAAAUUGUGCCUGUCCUUCCUACCUGCUACCUUUUCACCCUCUGUCUUUUUGGCAUUACCUUUGGUUCUCUAUAUAGGCUGCAUAAACACAAGAUGCAUAGAGACAUUCUUGAAAAGAGGCAUGGGAGGUUGUUUUGCUACAGGCUGAGCUCUGAAUCCCUUACACAACGACCUUUGCUCUUGUACUGAUAGAGGUACAUGCACUGGAACAAAAGUUGCCUCUCUGCUCUCCCCUGCCCCCUGCUCCACUGGCUUCAGGCAGGCUAUCCAGUUUGCUUUUAUUCCUCCCCUUAUUGCUUUCUUUCACCUUCAUGUUUAUCUGCUUGGAACACUUGGCAUUUCUGAAAGGUUUUUUUUUCCUUUGUAUUACUCUUCAUAACAAACAAACAAAAAUGUUCUCAGAAAGUGGCAAGGAUUUCUGACUUGACCCUAAGGCAGAAGGACAUACCUUCAUGAAUGAUACAACACCUGGCUGAUUAGCAUUGUGGAAAUCCAGCUUUGCUUCAGAUUAGAAAAGCAGCCCCUAAGUCAGGGGUAGGCAACCUGCGGCCCACAGGCCGGAUGCGGCCCAGCAAGGCCUUGGGACCAACCCCAGGCUGGUCCUGCCAUCGAUUACCGCCGGAGCCUUUGGCCCUCGCUUGAGGGCGUGGGGCCUUUGGCCUAUCAGGAGGAGGCGGGCAAGGGGGGGCAAGCGGCGGGCAAGAGGGACAAUUGUCUAUAGAAGCCUCAGAA